AUGGGCAAGCAUUUGCAGAUUACAUUCUUCGAAGACAGGAACUUCCAGGGUCGUCACCAUGAGUGCAGUAGUGACUGCCCCGAGAUGCAAAACUUCUUCAGCCGCUGCAACUCAAUAAAAGUGGAGAGUGGUUGUUGGGUGGCCUACGAGAAGCCCAAUUAUGGCGGCUACCAGUACAUGCUGAACAAGGGCGAGUACCCUGACUACCAGCGCUGGGCAGGCUUCAAUGACUGUAUCCGCUCCUGCCGUAUGGUGCCACCUUAUAAUGGAAACUACAGGAUGAAGAUAUUUGAGCGAUCUGACUUUGCAGGCCAGAAUAUGGAGCUAAUGGAUGACUGCCCAGAUCUGCAUGAGCGUUUCCACACCCGUGACAUCUCAUCUGCCAAUGUCAUGGAGGGCUACUGGAUGCUACAUGAACAUCCCCAAUACAGGGGACGCCAGUACUUCUUGCGCCCUGGCGAGUACAGGAGGCACAGCGAGUGGGGAAGUAACAGCCCCACCUUCGGCUCUCUGAGACGUGUCACUGAGCUCAACUGA